AUGGCUGGCAAAUCGUCUAAAAAACAGGCACAUGCCAAUGUGCAGGUCUUGAAGCAGCUGUAUACCAUUUCAGGCUCCGUUUUGGGGCUCCUUCUACUAAGACUUUUGUUCUCAUCCAAGAAACGAUGGAUUUGGAUCAUUCUAUUCCAUGCACCAGCCGCAGGGUGUGUAUACAUGCUUGAGAAAAACGGCAGACCCACAUACGACUCUGCAGGGCAUGUCGUUCGUGAGGGUAUGGACUUGAACCAGAAAGGCCUUACAGAAUGGAUGUUUGAUAUCGUUUAUUUGACAUUAUUUGCCGAUUCUGGUGUCGUAGUCUUCAACACCAUGAAAUUCUGGUACAUCAUGCUGUUGGUGCCCGUGUAUCUUGGCUACAAGAUCAAAGGAAUUGCUGGCCCCAUGUUGGGAGGUAUGAACAACGCCAAGGCACCCUCCGCGUCAAGCACAAAUUCAACUUCUGCCGCUGCAAAAUCCAAAAGACAAGCCAAACGUGAAAAGAACGCAGACAAGACGCGCUUCAAGUAUAAAUAA